AUGGUCGCUGCGCAGGCCUCGCAGGACGUGGGCCCCCUGUCUGCCCAGCUGCUGGCGGCGCGAGGCAGGCUCGACAAGGCUCAGGCUGCGGCGCAAGAGACCAUCGAUUGCGUCGUCGAGGUCGAAGACGAGCUGCAGCUGCUCCAGGACAAGUACGCCGAGGCGCGGGCUCGGGUCGGCGCCCUGGUAGGCCCGCAGCCAGCUUGCCCCCCCGCCCAGCUGCGAGCGGCCUACCAAGCCUUCGACGGCGUGGUCGGUGCCCUGGCGGCUCAGGGGGGCCAGGCGGCUCAGCUCGCCCCGGCGCUGGGCGCCGUCCAGCAGGCGCUGCCUACCAUGGUGCCUGCGGGCGGGCGGGCAGCAGGUGCGAGCUGGGGCGAGCCCGCGGGCGAUGGCGACGUGGGCGUGGAGCUCGUCGAUGUUGACCCUGGCCUAGUCCCGUCGCCGUUCCCCGCGCUGCGCCCGUCUCCCUCUGCGGCGCCGUCGGCUGCGGCGCUUGAGGGCCCGGCGCGCCAGAGAGGCCCGUCAUCGAGCGGCCCGCGCAUCUGGGCGUUCGCCACAUGCAACACCGCGAGCUGGCGCAGCUGCCAGCACUUCCUGCAGGCCGAGGCUGAGGGAGACGUGGUGCUGCUGCAGGAGAGCGGUGGCGGCUUCUCGAGCGGAGUUGCGAUCGCCGUCGGGCCGCGCCUCGGGCUCGGGGAGGCCCCCGUCGUCAGGCGCCCGUGGCGUUCGGGGCGGAUCAGUCUCAAGUGGCUCAUCGGGCUAGUCAAGGGGGGCAUCCUGAUUGGCUCGGUCUACCUCGUCUCGGGAGGCGGCCUUGACGAUGACUCGUUCGGGGUGUUGGAGCAGCUGGAUGAGGGCUUAGAGUCGGUCGCCACCUGGGGGGAUCUCGCCAAUGGCUACCUCGCGUUUUGUGAUCAGGCAGAGGCUGAAUUGUCAUUGCUCCGCGGCCACCCGGAGCCGGCCGAGUGGAUCCCAGACGCGGCCUCGGAGUGCCAGGACGGAGCGCGCGCUGGGACGGGCGGCCUCCUCAGGGACCUGGAGUCGGGGUGGAAAUCUACGUGGGGCUGGAGGCUCCAGACGAAGAUGAAGGAGCUGAUUUCGUUCCCGCUUCAGCUGCGGAAAGAGAGCACUGGGUUUCUUCAGAAGCCCGAAGGGGAGCGUAGACUGAUUGGGAGCCCCGCCACGUUCUGCCGCGCCCUUGGGGCUCUUCGACGGGAUUGCGCGGUGCAGUGGGGGAGCUCGUUUCCGCGAGAUUGGGCGUUUGGCAUCAGGGGCAACUCUUGUGAGCAGGCGGCGUGGAUGCAGGCGUUCGCGGCUGAGUGGGCCGAGGCCAAUCAUCAGGCCUCGGCCAGCACCCUUGUGGACCUCCAGAAGGCCUAUGAGAUGGCCCCCCGUGGGGUCUUCAUCUCGCAGGGCACGUUUCGCAUCUCCCAGGGCAUCGUCGCAGGCUGCGCCUGCGCCGCGACGUUGCUUCGCAUGCUCCUCCUGCCCAUCCUGGAUGAGGUCAUCCGUGGGACCGCGCUCGCCGCGUACCUGGCGGGCCUUGGUCGGAUAUUCAAGUCUGGAGAAACCGCCGCCGCGUUUUACGGGGCCGGAGUCACGGGCGUCUCCGCCAGAGUCUUCGAGAGUUUCAGGGCCACCUCGGCCUCGGCCAUCUUUGCCCCAGCGGCGGGUCGGUCUCGCGCAUUGCAGUUUGCUUUGUCGGCAGCCCCCAAAACAGAUCCCGUCCAUGCGGCUAACAAAUUGCCGCUGCAGUUCUGGGGCCGCGCGGUCGUCGAGCACUGGUUUUCGGCUGCUUUCAUGGCUCGGACCUUUGACAAAGUUUGCGGAGCUUUCUCCGACAAAGUCAUGGGCUGGGCGGUUGUCUCGGUCGAUCAGCACGGGAUGUCGCAGGGCGCCUGCUUCGGGCCUCUCCCCGCUGCCCUGCAGGAGACUGGCCUCGCUGAGCUCUGGGCUCUCUUUCAGUGCCUGUCUUUCGCGGCCGUGCCGAUCGCGAUCGCGACCGACUGCCAUGCGAUCGUCGACGGGGCUGCGGCUGGCAAGGCUAUGCCCGCGCGGCCCCCUUCCAGCGACGCCGGCCUCGGCGAGGGCCUGCUGGGCUGCGGGGCGCCGCCUGAGCCGUGGGCGCAGGCCUACAAGCCUGAUGAGAUGCCGCUGUCCAACGGGCGAGAGCGGAAGGAGAGCGGACUCGGCGCCCUCAUGCAGAGGAUGGGGGGCCGCGCCGGAUCCCCGUCGUGGCGCCGGAAGGUGUCGCCCGAGGACGUGCACGCCUCCGCCUACACGUCGCCGUUCUCGCACCAGGUGCCGAUGUUCCACAUGAAGACGGACGGCAGAGAGUCCGUCGCGGAGGAGGCACUGGAGGUCGGCCCCAUGGCCACCGACGGAGGGAGGACCAAGGCCGCGCGCGUGGGCCUCACCUACGGCCUCAUCAACUUCGUGGUGUGCGUCCCGACGCUCAUUUCCUACGCCGCCAUCGUGUUCCGUGGCAGGGAGUUCGACCACGACAUGCCAAGCCUGACCAAGCUGUUCUUCUUGUCGAGCGCCGUGCACCAGUUCGUGUUCACCUGGAAGUCGACGCUGAAGUUCGCCAUCGGGCAGGUGCAGGACGUGGGGCUCAUCUUCCUGGCGCAGAUCGCCGCCGCCGUCUACGCGGCCGCGACGGAGGAGGAUACUUCUCACGAUGCUGCAGUCGCAACGGUGCUCGUUGCGCUCGCGCUCGCCACCAUGAUCACCGGGGCGGUCGUGUGGCUCAUGGGGAAGCUGCGGCUGUCAGGCUACGUGCAGCUGCUGCCGCUGCCGGUCGUCGGCGGCUACCUGGGGUACAUCGGCUACUUCUGCCUGGCCGCUGGCGCCUCCCUGGGCACUGGACUCACCGUCGACGGCUUCACCACCUGGAGCCAGUUCUUUCUACGAGGUGAAGGGGCUGGCCCCGACCAGCACCUCGCAUUCUUUUGUGACCCCGUGCUCCUGACGAAGCUCUCGCUGAGCUUGGCCUUCGCCAUGGUCUUGUUUCUCAUAUCCCGCUACGUCACGCACGAGGCCGCAUUGCCCGUCGUGCUGAUCGUGACGCCCAUCAUAUUCUUCAUCGUGCUCUUCUGCGCAGGCAUCCCGCUGGAGACGGCGCGGGAGGCGGGGUGGAUCCCCUACCCCGACCAGAAUCCAGCGGCAGGUUGGCAGUGCUUCAGCCUGUACAACAACCUCCAGGACAUCGGCUGGCAUGCGAUGCCAGCACAGCUGCCCCUGGUCGCUGGCCUCUUCUGCGUCGUGGCGUUCGGCAGCGUGUUGGACGUCGCCGCCAUCCAGGCCGAGCAGCCAAAGCCGCUGGAUUUCGACAGGGAACUGAAGAUGAUCGGGAUGUCGAACUUCGCCAGCGGCUGCUGCGGGGGCUUCACGGGCAGCUACAUUUUCUCGCAGACGGUCUUCUCUCAGCGGCAGGGCGUGGCCCACGAGCUGAACGGCUUGACCAUCGGGAUUGGCGAGUUCCUGCUCUUCCUGGCGCCUGUCGACAUCCUGCAGUUCUUCCCAGGGUUCUACGUAGGCGGGAUCAUGGCGUUCUUCGGCGUGGACAUUAUGCUGGACUGGCUUGUCUCCUCCCGCGCCAAGGUGUCGAGCUCGGAGUACGGGCUCCUGCUGCUGACCUUCCUGUUCGUGAUGCAGCUCGGCGUCAUCACGGGGUGCGUGGCUGGCGUGGCGGCCUGCGCAAUUGUCUUCAUCGCCGUCUACAGCACGACGCCCGCUGUUGCUAUUCGGUCGCGCCGGUUCUCGAGCGCUCAGCGCAGCGGCGUCGAGAGGAGGGCCUUGUUGGACAUGGCGGAGAAGAACAGGAUCGUGUCGCUCGAGUUCAAGGGCUACCUCUUCUUCGGAGCUUCGCUGCAGCUCAGCGACAAGCUCAUCCGCUCUGUGCGUGAGAUGGAAGCGCAGUGGGUCGUCAUGGACCUCACCCUCGUCAACGGCAUCGACUCCACGAGCGCUCGGGCCCUGUCCAAGCUGCUGUCGACGCUGAGGCAGGACGGUAUCAGGGUGUCGGUCUCGAUGGAGAUGUCCGAGGAGAGGCACUUCCAGCAGAUGCACAGGAUCCUAGAAGAGAAUAUGGCCCUCCCUUCGGAAGAGGACAUCGAGGUAGGCCGCUGCCAGAUCACCGACAGCCUCGACCACGCCCUGGCCUGGUGCGAGCGGGGGGCGUUGAGGGAGGAGCAUCCAGCGUGCCGCUUGAGCUUGACCGAGAGCCUGGACGGCAGCAGCGCGGAGAAGGCGCAGCUGGAGCUGCUCCUGAGGAUACUGGGCGAGUACGCUGACCCGGCCGAUCGCAUCCCCCCAGCCAUGCUCAAGGAGUUGGCAGGGAGGAUGAGAAUCACGAGCUUCGAGCCCAGGCAGACCAUCUUCGAGGGCAACACGAGGGAUUUCGACGGGAUGUUGUUCAUCAUGGACGGCCGCGUGGAGUGCGAGCCGUCCGUGAACGGCAGUCGGUUCCGCGGCAAGUUCACCUGCGAGCCUGGGUCGCUGAUGGGCGAGGUCGACUUCUACCUGCGGGAGCCUCACCACUACACGGCGCGAGCCGGCGACAGGAAGGUCGUGGCUGGGGUCCUGUCCAGGGACGCUUUCGAUGCCAUGGAGAGGGAGGAUCCCAGGCUGGCCUCGCUGCUGAACAAGUGUUGCCUCCGGAGCGCGUGCAUGCUGUCGCUGGCGCUCGAGGCCCUGUGGCAGAGGUGA